CUCCACUAAGUGCAGACCAAUACUUCGACAAAGUGGACGAAUAUAUUUCUGACAAAGAAUGGGCAAAAGACCUCAGCUUCCAGAACUGUGACCUUGUAAGUAACACAUCAAAAACCAUAAAAUACCAUAUGGUAUGACAUCAAAAAACUAUUCCUCAAAACAUAUUUAUAAUUAUCCAUUAACAUUCUCACUUCAUUCAUAUGCAGUGGUUCUUCCCUUACUGUGAUGGUGAACACUACAUCAUGAUCUGUGUCAACAUCAAGAACACAAGAUUUGAUGUGCUUGACAGUCUCCGCUACAAAGACUUUGAGAAGACUUACAAACCAAUGGCAGAAAGAGUUUUCAACUAUGCAAUCAACUACAUGAGUGUCUACUGUGGGAACAGACAAAUCCCCUGGGAGAAGUUUGACUGGUUCAAUCUGGGGAAGAUUACACAACCAGAUAAACUCUCAUGUGGAUUGUACAUAAUCAGAUGGAUGCGCCAUUGGGAAGGAAAGUACAAGACAUUUAUGCAAUCAGACUGGAAGAGAGUGGAUCUGAUCAAUGAAGACAGGGAGUGUAUAAUGCUGGAUAUCAUCCUCGACAAAGAAAACCUUGAGCGUGAUCGAAUUAUGAAAGCUGCCACAAAGUACUGCGCUAUGAAGAAUCAAGGCAAGUAAGGGAAGGAGACAACAUCAGUAUGGAUCUAAUGUCUACUACAGACAUCUGCUUCUGAAACAAUGCUUUUGAGACAAUAUUUUUCUUGUGUGUGUGCGCUUUUGAGACAAUAUUUUUCUUAUGUCUGUGUGCUGUUGAGACAAUAUUUUUCUUAUGGGUGUGUUAACUUACAUUUGAAACAGUACUUAUUAUGGUUAUGUAACAGCCUAGUACUUUACCCUUUAUUAAUUUCGUAGAUCUAACAUUAGUCAUCAGAAUGUUUAUACCAUAAUAUACCAUAUGGUAUACUAUAGUAUAAACAUUUUUACCAUAGUAUACCAUAUGGUAUAACAUGGUAUAAAGAUUUUUAAAAACACCAGAACACACCAAAUGGUAUUUUAUGAUAACUGAACACAAUAAAGAAUGUUUUUACCA